ACGGGGCUAGAUCGUAGUUUCAGUAAAAUUAAAGGCGCUUUUUGUAAUUACUUAUAUUACACGUAAUAAAUUCCUUGGAGACAACUGAACUUAGGAAUCCAUAUCUUCAGCAAAGGAUAUUCUGCAACUAUCCGUCCGUUUAGAGAGAGAGAGAGAAAUGGGUUUGCUCUCCAACAGAGUGGAUAGAGACAGCCUCAAACCCGGCGAUCACAUCUACUCCUGGCGCUCUGUUUAUAUUUACGCUCAUCAUGGUAUCUAUGUUGGGGAUAAUAAGGUCAUUCAUUUUACUAGACGCGGCCAAGAGUUAAGAAUAGGGACAGUGCUGGAUGUCCUCUUGGUAAGCUCAAGAUCAUCCCGAACCCAUGUGCCGUGCUCCACGUGCAAUCCGCAAGAUGAAGAUCAUGGAGUAGUCUCCUCGUGCCUGAACUGCUUCCUUGAUGGUGGCAUCCUGUACCGUUUUGAGUAUGCUGUUAAUCCUACUCUCUUUCUCGCAAAAGCACGUGGCGGAACUUGUACUCUUGCCAUCUCAGAUCCAGACGAUGUUGUAGUUCAUCGAGCAAACUACCUAUAUACCAAUGGCUUUGGAUGCUAUAAUGUAUUUAAUAACAAUUGUGAAGACUUUGCUAUCUACUGCAAGACAGGACUGCUUGUUCUGGAUCAGAGAACAAUGGGGCAGAGUGGACAAGCAGUAUCUAUUAUAGGUGGCCCUCUUGCCGCUGUGUUGUCUACACCAUUGCGCCUUGUGACAAACAAUGUCUAUGGAAUGGCAGUAACAGCUGUUGGGGUCUACUGUGCUAGUCGUGUUGCUGCUGACAUUGGCAUGAGGAGCGAUGUCUUGAAGGUAUCUGUGGAGGAUCUGACAAGAAGGCUAGCAACAUGUACACUUCAGGUUGUCGAACCAAGUCUUCCAGCUGUUGCACCUCCGGGCAGUUAGCCUUUGUUUUCUAUGAUUUAAAAGUUGUUAGUUUUACACUAUUAUAUCUUGUUAUGUGGCUAAGUAAUGCUCAAACAUGAUUGGUACUUGUAUGUUGUUGUAUUGUAAUGUGUUUUUUGUUUGUUCAAACAUAUUUUUCUGGGAAAAUUACAUUUGUAUUCUGUAAAUUGUGGCCUUGGUUUGUUUGGCUUCAAUUUGGCACUUAUGUUUCCAGAUUCUGGUCGAGUCAACUAGUUUAUAGCAGUUAAUUUGGCCACG